AAAGUUAUUGACAAUCCAGAGCAUGCCCUCUGCAUAAGUGUUCAUAAAAAGUGAACUUAGCUGAGAGCAGUAAGAACAUUUGUUGCUGGUUGUUCUUGUGGUAUAAUAAUUGACCUUUCGCGUACGGUCGACGCGACUAGUUCAAGUUCACGCGUGAAGACCCGAAAUCUGGAUGGCCCAAAGCGACAAAGCGCCGGUGCAGCCUGAUAUGCGCUACGAGAUAUCGCAAAAGAACCACUUGAUUUGUUCGGUCGAAUCAACUCGGAGUCUACUUGACUGCAAUGUCGUCUGACUCAGAAAGAGGCUCCGAGGUCGCGCCAACUAGCCUAGAAGAUGCGAUUGAACACCUCGAAGCAGUCGCAUUUGUUCCCUCCAAACAGCGAUACACGGAUGCGGGCCAGUUGGCCAAAACAAUAGCUACGCGCGCCUACGAAAGGGGAAUUUCCCAAUUUGGCCUCCAACGCUUGCUAAAAGUCCUCACCAAGAGUAACCACCUUGAUCAAGGAACAGUUACUACUCUGGUAAAAAAUCUAUAUCCGCAAGAAAGAAUUUCCUCCGGGGUCAUCACCCAGGUUGUAUGCUGCCUCGGACCUUCCAAAACGAAGCCCACCCCGGCGACGCAGGCUCUGCUUUUGCGAUGGCUGAUUCUUGUACACGACUUCCUUGAUGAUAGAUCACAUCUUUCCAAGCUCUAUGCGGUGCUAUUUAACCACCUCGAUAUGAUCAGCUUGCGGAAACCGCUGUGUCAUCUACUCUCCUUUAUCACGAGACGCAAACACGUCAAGCCGUUUAGGAUCCAGUCUCUUAUGGAGCUUCUCGGUUCUUCGGGAGGAGACGACAAGGAAAUUCUCACUUUACUCAGGGCCUUCAAGAACUACUGUCCUGAUGUCAUUGUGGGUGAUAUCGCUUCUUCAGGAAGAAAGGCAUUGUUCUUCAAGCACCCAGAUCCUGAAUGGACCGCCCACGUAAGACAAAUUCAAGAAACGCACUGGGAGAGGUCCCAGGCUGCUCAGCCGUCAAGCUUCCAGGUAGUGCAUCGUGAACAUUUCAAACGAGCCAAGAUGGAGGUCAUUGUUCCAGAUGUGCAAACAUCACGGGUCUCAUCAUCACAUACAGCGCUGGAAGAACUGCGCAGCGUGGACCACUUUGUCGACCGAAUUGAUCGAAUUGAGCUACCUAAUCAAAUCAUAUCCAUGAUGGGAGAUGCUCUAGCUCAGAAGUAUCUCUUUCUGACUCAGUCUGAUGUUGCACAUCGCCGUCUAAACGACUGGUUGAAAGGCUUCCUUGAUGAUCAGUUGGGGCGCGUCCAGGAGGAUGACCCAAAUGGGCUCGAAUCACUUGGGUAUAUCCUAGACCUCGCACUCAACUACGCACAGUAUACGAAAGAAAUUCCACACGCGUUAUUUCAUUUUCUGACACGAUAUGUCCUCUCGUGGAACGGCCAUGACAAUCAGGACAAAGUGCUCCGUCUAUUAUCAUAUUUACCACUUCAGGAGUAUGAGGAUUUGCGAAAAGACUUCUUGAACUACCUGGAAGCAUCGGUCUUAGACGGCACGCCGCACUCUCAAUUGACUCUGCUCGAUUUCUACUCAUCGUUGAUUCGUCAAUGGGGUGUACGUCUGCGCUCUCAACCCUUCAGCGCUCACGAAUUUAAGCCGCUUGGCCGCCUCGUUUCUCAUGCAGAGUCUUUGGCUUUGUCGAGUCUGGAGUCUAUAAUCGAGGGCGAAAGACAAAAGCCGGCUAUAUUGUCUGUCCUCGAUUUCUACUGCACUCUGGCUGAGUUAUUCUCGUAUGCCUCUUUGCAUGGCAGCAUUCGUCUCACGAUCCCUCUAGCGCCCACAGUCUAUACCCUUGUCUUUACGCCGAUAAGCUCUGUUAUAUCGAUCAUGAGCUCAGUACUUGCUAGCUACAAGUCGUCAUUCGAAGCUUCUCUCACUUCUUUAGUCUUGCAAGUUCCUCAUUCUGCCGACUCACUAUAUCCGACAGAUCUUGUGGGUCAGUUCAACGGGUACAUCAUGGAUAUUUGCAACUUGCUCUGGCGCAAUCGCGGACUUAAUUCAGAAGACCCUAAUGCUCUGGGUUGCUUGAUUCCCCAACCCACCGUGAACGCGCUUACGCGGUUCAUCCGUAAUCUCAACGACAGCACACGGGACAAAAAGCGCGAGGUCAAUUUCUCCUACACCAUCUCUUCCAUAUUCUCUCUGAGUCACCAUGUCGCCCUGUGCAACAUGUCUGCAGCGUGUUUUGCAGAUAUCGAAGAAGAUAACGGUAUCGACGAAAGCAAACCAAGGCUGCAAAGGCCUGUGACUCAAAAGGCACUCAGCGCCCUUGAGAAAGAGGGCGGCUUGAAGCUGACCUGGCAAGAUUAUCGUGUUCGAAUGCUUGAUUGGUUGGAUGCAACAGGAAAUGUGGGAAUUGGAAAUUUGAUGCGUAGCACAAUGAAAGCAUUGAGGAAGGAAUAA